AGAUCGCAUCGUUGUGGAAAAGAAGCACAGGGUUUUCUAGCAUUCCGUACACGAAACAGGUAACAACAGCCAUGGGUUCAUCAUCAAAAAAGCAUAAACGAGAUUCUAAAAAGCAUAAACGUCGUUCGCGUAGUCGUUCGCGUAGCCGUUCACCACGGUACGACCGGGAACGCGAGCUGGACCAUCGUUCCCGUUCGUACUCGGAGGACCACGAAAGUUACAACGAUGGCGGCACGGAACGGCGCCGGCACAAGAAGCACAAGCGAGAUCGCAGUGAGCACAGGCAGCACCACCACCAUCGGCAUCAGCAGUCAUCGUCGGGUCGCGAACAUGGUCGCGGCGAACGUGCGAACUACGACGGGGGUGCGGUGAACGCCGUCGACGAUGACUCGGACAGCUCGGACUGUGUGGAGGUGCCACUGGAAGAGACCAGCGCGCCUCCGCCACCUCCACCGUCGAUCAGUGCGCGUAAAUCGCCGGACGCAGAGAAGGCCGCUCCACCAUCGCCACCACCACCACCGCAGGUACAGAAGCGUCGUCGAUCACCGACACCCCCACCAGCACCGAAGGCGUCCUCAUCGUCCUCAAGGAAACGUUCCGUGUCGCCGAUUCCAGCAAACGGUGCCGGCGAUGUGCUUUCCGUGGAGGAGACAAACAAAUUGCGAGCAAAGUUGGGCCUUCGCCCUCUUGAUGUUGGUCCAUCCAAGGUUCAACCGGAAUCGUCCUCGAGGCGGCGCCAUCGAUCACCAUCUCCCCCGCCUCCACCGAAGACAUCGUCCUCUUCCCGCAAACGUUCGGUGUCACCGAUCCCGGAGAAUGGUGCCGGUGACGUCCUUUCAGUUGAAGCAACCAACAAACUGCGCGCUAAGCUCGGACUACGUCCACUGGACGUUGGUCCGUCGACAUCCGAAGGAUCGUCGAAGAGACGCCAGCGUUCACCAUCUCCCCCACCGGCACCGAAAGCAUCAUCAUCAUCGUCAUCAUCCACCAACCGGAAGCGAUCGGUAUCGCCGAUCCCGGAAAACGGUGCCGGUGAUGUGUUGUCGAUCGAGGAAACGAACAAGCUGCGCGCUAAACUCGGACUACGUCCACUGGAUGUUAGCAGCACCGGACCGAGCUCGUCGUCUAAAGCGGCCACCACCAGCAGCGGUGAAGGUGGACGUAAUGAGUCCGAAAACUACGACAAAAUCAAGGACGAUUGGGGUGAGUUCUACCACAAACCGGCAAAGAACCUGAAGGAAACUUCGCAAGAGGAAAAGAUACGUGAAAAGUUGGCCGAACGGCGGGAGAAGCGCGCAAUCGAGGAGAAACUGAAACGUCUGAAGACGCUGGGUGAGGAGGAGGAAGUGGAUGACCUGAAAAAUUGGGUAGCAAAGUCACGCGACAAGGACCGGUUGAAGCGGGAAGCGGCCGAGCGAGCACGUCAGUUGGAUCAGAUGGACGAGGAGCUGGUUUCGGGUGACGUGGAGGAAGCCGAAUCAUCCUCCGUCCGCCAAAGGCAACCCCGUCGGAGGGAGCAGUCGUACCGUGAUCGUGAUCUACAGGGGUUGCGCGUGGAGCACGAUGUGGAAGCGUUCACGGAAGGCCGGCAGGUUAUCCUAACGCUCAAGGAUGCAAACGUGCUGGACGAGGAAGCGGGCGAUACGCUCGUGAACGUGAACAUGAUGGACGACGAGCGGUACAAGCGUAGCGUGGAGAACCGGAAGGCCAAUCCGCAACACUACGGCUACGAUGUGUACUGUCAGGAUGAGGUGGACGAGUUCGGGCAACCGAAGCAGCGUGAAAUUCUCGGAAAGUACAACGAAGAGAUCGAGGGCCAUCGCAAGAGUAGCUUCGUGAUCGGCACGAAUGCAGAACAGGAGGCAAAGGAGAAGCGACGGCUGCUGGAAAUCAAGACAAAGCUGGACAGGAAAAAGCUCGACUCCCUUGAAACGACUCCACUUUCGCUCGUGUCCGACUAUUUCACCGAAACGGAACUGGCCUCGUUCAAGAAACCCAAAAAGAAGGUCCGCAAGAUACGGCAAAAGCUACGGGCGGACGAUCUGCUCGCCUCGCUACCGGAAGAGGAAACAUUGGCCGAUCUGGGAUCGCGAUCGAAGCGAAGCGAACGAUCCUCCGGAACGACCCAGGAGCGGAAGAGUGUUCGUGCACGUGCCGCAGACAUACUGGUCACCGAUGAUACACCGGCCAUGCUGGAGGAUCUGAGCACGGUGAAGCUGGAAGACACGGUCGAGGACGACGAAGAUCUGCAGGCGGUGUUACAGAAAGCGCGUCGUUUGAAGCAGAAGGAAGCGAUCAUCUCGAAGGCGCUUCCGAUCGAUCCGGAACGCGUAAAGAGCGAGGUGAAGGAGGAGCCGGAUAGUGGUGGCGAGCAGCAAGACCAUCACGGUGCGAUGCUGCUCAACUCAACGGCCGAGUUUUGCCGCACACUCGGUGACAUCCCGACGUACGGCACGGCCGGCAAUCGUGAGGAAGAUCCGAACGAAAUGAUGGACUUCGAGCGCGACAGUGGAAGCGAUCACGAUGGGAUGGAUUCCGACCCGGACGAGGGUGCCGGAACGUCCCGGCGGCACGAUCACCGGCAUGGUGGUACGUGGAACUCGGUUAACACCGAGCAGGAACAGGAGGAUACUACCGGCAGCCGCGAGCUGAAGAACGUCGAGGAAGUCGCCAUCCUCGACGAGGAACCGGAUGUGGCGCUUAGUGUGGCCGGUGCGUUGAAACUGGCCCAAUCGAAGGGUUACCUCGAGCGGGAAGAAAGCAAUCGGCCAAGCAAUGCGCGGUUUGCGCACCUUCAGGCGCAAAACUAUUCGAUCGAGGACAAGAACUACGGCGAGGAGAAUGACAAGUACUCGCGGCGCGAUCGGUAUGCCGGUCCGAUCAUGGAGUUUAAGGAGAAGGAAACGUUCAAACCGAACGUCAAGCUGGACUACAUCGACGACAAUGGCCACCUGCUGACGCAGAAGGAAGCGUUCCGCUACCUUUCGCACAAGUUCCACGGAAAGGGUCCGGGCAAGAACAAGAUCGAGAAGCGGUUAAAGAAGAGCGAACAGGAGGGGCUGAUGAAAAAGAUGAGCUCCACCGAUACGCCACUCGGCACACUCAACAUGUUGCAGGCGAAACAGAAGGAAACGCAAUCGCCCUACAUUGUGCUGAGCGGAACCAAGCAGACCACGAGCAUCGUGAAGCAGAAGCGCUAGUGCUGCCAAGUCCGGUUCUCUUCCCCUUUCCGACUAGUGUGCAGCGAACUACUAGCAAACGUGUGUGAUUUGUCUAUUCUUCUUGUGAAUUCUUCUGAUCUUAGAAUAUAAAAACAUGAUUGAAUAAAGUAACAUUUGGAUAAACCGAGAGCACCAAAACCACAUGAUAGGCUGACUAUAUUAAUCCUCCCUCAAGGAAAUACACUAUGCGGCCGGUAUAUUUUUCCGGAAAAAAUCCAGCCGAUUCAACCGUAGUGAAAUG